AUGAAUGAACAAGACACCAAGGCAGGAAUCAUCAAAUACCCAGAAACAACACUAGAAUUUGCUAAUCUGGUGCAUGUCCAACGUUGGGCUGGUUUAUCAAGAUUCGCCAUUCAAGACGAUAUUCAAUAUUUGUUACUCCAUUUCUUUAGUAAACAAUCACAUACAUUUCAUGACUUUGAAGACGUAUGGAUUGAGCUUCAGUUUUCUUUGAUCCAUUAUUCAUGUCUGUACAAAGAAUUUCGCAAUGUGUAUUUAAAUACAUUCUAUACCUGUGCCCUUGAAUACAUGCAUUCACCCUCUGAUAUAUAUCGAUCGGGUGCCAUAUUUGCACUCUAUUUCUUAUAUCACUCCCAACCCCAGGUUUGGAAAAAGGUGCCUAUUCGAGUGGAGAAAGAUACUUGGUCAAGACUAUUUAAUUUUUAUGCAGAAUCAAUUAAACACGACAAGAAUAUAGAAGCAGCAUUAAUAUUUGACAAGUUGAGAUCACAGAACGCAUUUUCAUUUACGGCAGAACAAGUCUUCGAUCCGACUAGUAUACAAGAGCGUGAGGAAUUUAAGGACGCAAGAUUAAUACUAGACAAACUACAUACAUUACAUAUAGAAAGCAUAAAGAAUGAUACCCUUGCAAAAUGUCUUGAUACAGACACAUACAACGUCAUCUUGAGCAAAUACUCUGAUGCCAAACGUAAAGCACUAGCAACACCUCAAUUGACUGCUGUAGCGCAGGCCAUGAUGAAAGAAAAACUAAGGAUAAGAGAAACAAAGCCUGCACGUCUGAGGAACUUUAUGACAAACACUGGUAUGAUUGAUGAUACGUCCAUCUCUAUAAAUCUGCCCAAACAGUCCAUUGUUCAGUCAAAAAUACGUGAGAUGACUACAAAACAAAGGCAAAGGAAAGUACAAUGGGAAAUCAAGCGAACACUCGCCGAGGAGAAACUGUAUAAUCAAAGAAAUGAUGAGAAUGAGGUGGUUCAAGUCCAAGGUGACGAGUCAAGUGACAUCAUGGACGACUCUUUAAUUGGUUAG